UAAAAUUUAUGUUGUAAAGAGCACCAUUGGACUGUCAUGUUAAAAUAUUUAACAUUAUCAAGGUCAUAUACGGAUAGUCCUGCGAACUAUACUGCUGCGCUCCAACCACGUUGUGUUGCGUUUCCUUAAUUGAGUGCUCUGCUGUCGGGAAUUACAUGAGCGCUUAAAAUAGAUUUUAGUAUGCGACCAGUGAACUCAUGCAGGAAACUCUAUACAAAUUUUCCCAAUUUAGACUUUAGGAUGGUGCUGGCACUGUCUUGGGAAUAAAAAUAGCUCUUGGCAAGGGUGUGAACCACGCAAUGGAAUCAUGCCCGGCAGUUUAUCGCGCAGGAUAUCGCGUGAGGAGUUUUCGAAAGAAGCAGCAAAGAGUUUUAACGUAGUAGAGCAUAUUUGAUUAUUUUCACGAAAAGAUAGUUUUGCGAAGGGAGGAAAAUUGUGACAUCAGGAAAUCUGAAGUACACAAGAACGCACAAUUGGGAGAUACAUGCCUUAAUCAAGAAGAGCAUCACUGCAAGUGUAUUUAUAUUUCAUUUUUUUAUGGUGCAUUUUAUUACUUUUAGUCAUCAAAGAUGUCUGGAGGAAGUGUUCCUGAUUCAGUGAAGAAAUGCAUUGCAAUUUUAAGGUCUGCAGAAAGUGAUACAGAAAAAUUUGCUGCUUUGUUUAUGGUCACAAAACUUGUGAAAGGUGAAGAUUGUAACACACAGAGUAAGAAAUUGCUGUUUGAAGCAAUUGGCUUCAAGUUUUUAAAACGACUCCUACUGAGCUCUGAUGUUCCAGCAGACUGCCCUCCACUCGUUUACAAAUCUGUUGCACUGUCAAUAUUGUCAAGCUUCUGCUCUGAUAAAGAACUUGCAACUCAUCCAGAAAUGCUUGCCAACAUACCUGUGUUCCUUGACAUUGUGCAGCAGGCUGAUGAUGAUGAUCUGGAUGAUAAUCUGAUUGUUGUAAGUGAAGCAUAUGAAUGCCUACAGAACAUAGCAGCGCAUCACCCAGGUCAGGUGGCACUGUUGGAAGUAGGAGGUGUUGCAAAAAUGUGUGAGAUUUAUGCUCAGCAAAGCUUCCAGACUGAUGAGGCACUGAAUAUUCUAGUCACACUUGUGACACAAUUUGGACAAAAUGCAUGGGAUAUGAACCCAAAACCAUUUCAUGUCAUUGUGAACAAGAUUGCCCUGGAUUUUGAAACAGAUCACAGUGAGCGGAAGUUUGAGCUGUGUAGAAUGCUUCAUGCGCUUCUUUUUAGCUGCAGACGUAAUGUGAUAGUUGCCACUGCGAAUGAUGCUCUGUGGCCAGGUAGCAUCUACAAGGGUUUGUCAGAUAUCUUGACCAGCAGGCUGGGAAAGGCCCAGCGUGACCCAGCCCUGAAUCUGGUAUCGAUAAUGGUAGAACUACUGGGUGUGGAGUGGUGUCUGACAGAUGAAGAACGACCAAGGCAGUUCUUUCUCUUGCUGGUGCAGCUGUGCUCUGUUGAGGUACGCAUGCAGCUGGAGGAUCGCAACUUUAAGCAGAUAAUGAUGAAUGCAGACCUUGUGGCUUCAUGCUUUGUUGUGUUAGAGCUCUCUAUUGCAUACAUUGCAACUGACACCCUUGAACUGGAACAGAAGGAGAAACAGCAGCUGUAUACAGCUUUAAAGGGAGCAUUCUCGGCUGUCAUUUCUGUACUCACCAAGGUAUCCUGUGAUUUCACCAAGAAUCCAAAUGCGUUGAAUACUAAAGAGAAAAUAUUUGUAUGUGCUAUGGUUCGUGUCCUUUCAGCAUGGCUGGCUCAAGAAACUUCUGCUAUGAGAAAUGCUGUAUAUGCUCUUCUUCCAUUCAUGCUUACCCUUGCCAAUGAGACAUUCUAUGCUUACCGCUCACGACGACUGGCAGAAAAAAGACAGAGUUCUGACACCAUGGAGACAGAUUCAGACCUGAUCAGUCAAGUGGACAUUCUGCGGCUGAUGUUGCCUGCGCUGUGCCACCUGGCAGUUGAGGAGAAGGCUCGCAAGAUUCUGCUUGAAGCCAAGGAGGAUGAGGUUCUGUAUGAAUGCUUGGCUUACCACUGGUCCAUCGUGCACUACAAAAAACCACCAGUACCAAAGUCCGAGCGUGGGAAGGCCAAGAAGGAGCCAGAAGUGGAACUGGAUCCCAGGAUGCUGGAAGAAAUGAAGGAAUCAAGAGCAGCAAUGGUUAGCAUCUGCAACAUCUUCAUGAAUGUGACUGUACUGGAGGCCAAGAUGGUAGAGGAGAGCAUGCUGUUUGCGACACUUCUGAAAUUCAUUUUCAACAACCUGCCAGAAUUAAAGAAUGUGCCAGAAAAUCUGGUUUUGCAUGGUAACCUAGCAAUUCUUGGAUUGCUACUACUUAAGCAGCAGGCAAAACGAGUGAAGAAAAAUGAUUUCACUAUCUGCCGCUACAUUCAGUCAACCAUUCGCUUCCUGUGGGAUGCAUACAAUGUGGAUGAGUCGAAUGAUACAUCAUCACUAGUUGUGGCAAUGAGUUACAAGAAGUACUGGCUUGAACUCAUGGAACUCUGGUUUUUGGGGAUGCAGACGAUGAGUGCAGUGCUGGCGCUAGUUCCAUGGAUAUCAGAGUUUGCAAUUGAGAGCGGCUGGGCAGAGGGGAUUAUUGACACACUAAACAAGGUUAGGACAGGGUCACUCCCAGCCAAUACCAAGUCCGCCUAUGAGGACUUCCUCUGCCAUCUGGUGGAUGCGAACAACAGUGUCACCUCAGUCCUGAAAGAACACAAUGCUUUAACUCUUGUAGCCAUCCUACAGGAUGAGUAUCUUGUUCCCAGUGAUGUAGCUGCGUUGGCUCCUCAGACAUUCUUGCACAAUUUCCGUCUCUGCCCAGACCAUUGUGGCAUGACAUUGGACAAGUGGCGACAUCUCCUCUGGUGUCAAGCACUUGGCGAUCAGUAUGAACACAUAGCAGGUGAUAUCUACAAGGAGUGGCUGCGACUGAGAUACUACUGCUUGGCCAUCACUCCAGACGUGUUGUCACUUCUGUACAGGCUGCGGCAGCACUAUAUGCUAGGCCUCAUCACGAAUGGACCAUCAUGUGCACAGUGGGAGAAGGUGGAACAACUGGACCUGCGACAUUACUUUGACUGCAUACUGGUUUCAGGAGACUUGCCUUGGGAGAAGCCUCACCGAAAGAUCUUUUUGGAGGCAUGUCAUUACCUGGGGGUACAACCAUGGCAGUGUAUAAUGGUGGGAGACACGCUGGAGACAGACAUCCAGGGAGCCAUUGAAGCAUCACUAGGGGCAACAGUUUGGGUACCCUUGUGUAGAGAACACCCCUCCAUUUUAAAACCAUGUCCUGAUUUUACUCUAGCCAGUAUUACAGACCUUCCAUGCCUCCUUCCUUCAGUCCCCAAAUCUCUUGUUCGAUCCAAGCUUAGUGCCACUCCCCCAGACAUCGAGGACUGUAGCAGCAACAGCAGUGAUGGAAGCUGAUGGCUUCAUAAUAUCAGACUGGGAAGCAGCAGGAAGCUGUGGUUUCCAUUGCAUUCUUUGGCAUCCUUGUAUGAAGUGACAGUUAUGAAGUCUAGGCAAUUCCUUUCCUGUGUCUGCUGUGUACUUCUGAUCUAGAAGUCGGACAUUGCUCUCAGAAAACAACUGUGCUGCUUCUAUUCUUUUGGGAGGGGCAGCUAAAAGUCUAGCAAUAUAAGCAAAAAAAAAAAAAGAGUUGAUAUUAUGUUACUUUAUAAAAUUUGCAGUACAUGUUUUCACUGUGGCACUUUGCUGCUUGUGUAGACGUGAUCUCUCCCAAGCCAGUUUGCGAUGACCCCACUUUACUUGCAUCACUAGUGUACCUGAAACAUGACUCAAGGCCAUUAAAAUUCUAUACAUUUGAUAGUUCAGAAUGAAAGGGGCUACCCCAGCAAGAGCUACUGCAUUUACAGGAUGGAAAUAUCUUUAUAUACAUACUAGCUAAAUAGGGUGUUUUGCAGCCACUGCACUGUCUGGAUUCAUUGUACUGUUAUCAAUAAAUGUGUGUCAAAUGAAGGAACUAAGCUAUCAUGUAAUCUCUGUUAAUGCUGUGGCCAAAACAUUUUUGAGGGUGCCUUAGUAACAGAUGGUGAUGUAUAUCAUUGUGUCAUUAGAAGGCUGCUACACUCCCACCCAUGAGAGACUGUUCAAAGCAUGAUGUACCGUCAGAGAUGUUUUAGGCCCGGUCACCAUACCUCAGAAUUCUUCAUCUCUUUCUAAGAAAUAUGGUAUACAAUUUGUACAUAAUUUCCCUGUUACAUAAAUGUAAUCUUUUGAAAAGUGAAUCUUA